AUGGGAAAAUCAGAGGCUGGAUUAGAAGUAGUAGAAGUGGAAGAAGAUGAAGAAGAAGAGAGAGAUGAUAUUGUGGAUGGUGUGGUUGACUUCAGAGGUGGAGGCGCAAUCAGAUCCAAAUCUGGCUCCUGGAGGUCUGCUGCUUUCAUCAUAGGCGUUGAAGUGGCGGAGAGGAUUGCAUAUUACGGGAUUCAGGGGAACCUAAUAUCGUAUCUCACGGGGCCUCUCCACCAGAGCACCGCCACCGCCGCAGAGAACGUCAAUGUCUGGUCCGGAACUUCAACCUUGCUUCCUCUGCUUGGGGCUUUCCUUGCCGAUUCUUUUCUCGGCCGCUACCGCACUAUCAUUCUCGCUUCUCUCAUCUACAUCUUGGGACUAGGAUUGUUAACACUAUCGGCUAUGCUUCCUUCUGUGUCCAAUUCUGAGUGUCAAGUCGACGAUGAAUUCAAAUCAUGCUCUCCUCCUCUGUUGCAAGUAGUUUUGUUUUUCAUCUCUCUUUAUUUGGUCGCCAUUGGGCAAGGUGGACAUAAGCCCUGUGUUCAGGCUUUUGGAGCAGAUCAAUUCGAUGAACAACAUCCAAAGGAGCACAGAGAUAGAAGCUCAUUCUUUAAUUGGUGGUAUUUUACGAUGUGUGCUGGUUGCAUGACAACUCUUUGGAUCUUGAACUAUAUACAAGACAACCUUAGUUGGGUUCUUGGAUUUGGAUUUCCUUGUGUUGCCAUGAUUGUUGCAUUGCUUGUUUUCUUGCUAGGAACAAUGACCUACAGGUUUAACAUUCAGCAGCGAGACAAAAGUCCCUUUCUAAGAAUUGGCCGCGUAUUUGUUGCUGCUAUAAGAAACCGACGAACCACCCAUUCAACCACAGCUGUCAAAGGAGAACGUGACGGACUACUUGCUCAUCAAAGUUCGGACCAAUUCGAGUUCCUUAACAAAGCGUUGUUAGUGCCAAAGGACGAGGAUUUCAUAGAAGAGGAGAGUUGUAGCCCAAGUGAGGUAGAAGAAGCUAAAGCAGUACUGAGGCUGGUUCCCAUUUGGGCUACAACUCUGGUUUAUGCUGUGGUGUUUGCUCAAGUUCCAACAUUCUUUACUAAGCAAGGGGUUACUUUGGACAGAACAAUAUUACCCGGCUUUGACAUACCUGCUGCUUCUCUUCAAACGCUUAUGACUUUGGCCAUUGUUCUCUUCAGUCCCAUCUAUGACCGCCUAUUUGUGCCAGUGGCAAGAAGUAUCACUGGCAAACCCUCAGGCAUCACAAUGCUCCAAAGAAUUGGGACUGGAAUUUUUAUAUCCAUUGUUACUGUAGUAACUGCAGCCGUUAUUGAGACCAAGAGAUUGAAAACAGCUCAAGAGUCUGGUGUUGUUGAUGAACCGAAUGCAACUGUUCCAAUGAGUAUAUGGUGGUUGAUUCCCCAAUAUAUGCUGUUCGGAGUCUCUGAAGUUUUUACCAUGGUUGGUCUGCAGGAAUUUUUCUAUGACCAGGUCCCAAAUGAACUAAGAAGCAUGGGUCUUGCUCUCUACUUGAGCAUAUUUGGUGUUGGGAACUUUAUAAGCAGCUUUCUCAUCUCUGUGAUAGAGAAAGCGACAGGCAAAGACGGACAAGAUAGUUGGUUUGCGAAUAAUUUGAACAAGGCACAUCUUGAUUACUUUUACUGGCUCCUUGCUGGACUCAGCGUCGUGGGAAUGGCCCUCUUCACUUACUUUGCCAAAUCUUACAUUUACAACAACAAAGGUGUCACACGACAAUAG